AUGUCUGCAAAGUCGGUGCAAGGGCCUGGCGGCAAGAAGCCCGCGUCGGCGGCCACAAACUUGAUCGCCGGUGGUGGUGCUGGAAUGAUGGAGGCACUCGCGUGCCAUCCGCUAGACACAAUCAAAGUCCGAAUGCAACUGUCAAGACGAGCUCGUGCACCAGGAGCGAAGAAACGUGGUUUCAUCACGACCGGAGCCGAGAUCGUAAAGAGGGAAACAGCAUUGGGUCUAUAUAAGGGAUUAGGCGCCGUGCUCACAGGCAUUGUUCCAAAAAUGGCUAUACGAUUUACGAGUUACGAGUGGUAUAAGCAGCUGUUGGCAGACAAGGAGGGUAAUGUCGCGUCGAAAUCAACAUUCAUGGCUGGUCUCGCUGCUGGUAUCACGGAAGCCGUCCUUGUCGUCACACCAAUGGAGGUUGUCAAGAUCCGUUUACAAGCACAGCACCACUCGAUGGCUGAUCCGCUUGAUAUACCGAAGUACCGAAACGCCGCCCAUGCCAUGUACACUGUCAUAAAGGAGGAAGGUGCUGGCGCAUUAUGGCGGGGUGUCUCGCUCACAGCAUUGCGUCAGGGAACGAACCAAGCGGCAAACUUCACUGCAUACUCGGAACUGAGGGCGCAAUUGCAAAAGUACCACGGCACUACGGACCUACCAGGUUAUGAGACGAGUCUGAUUGGGUUGAUCAGUGGUGCUGUUGGUCCGUUCACAAAUGCGCCGAUCGACACUAUCAAGACGAGGUUACAGAAGACACCGGCGGAAGCGGGUCAAAGUGCUGUCCAGAGGAUAGUAAACAUCGGAAACGACAUGUGGAAACAGGAAGGCGUACGCAGUUUCUACAAGGGCAUCACACCGCGUGUCAUGCGAGUUGCUCCCGGCCAAGCCGUUACAUUUACCGUGUACGAGUAUCUGAAGGCUUCCCAAGAGCUCAAGUCUGCCCUCGGCAGCCUCGUAACGUCGACAUCACAACGCGGUAUCAUAGCCACAAUCCAGAACGAAACCAUUGUCCCCAGCGGCACAAUACCCUCGUCAUCAUCCACUUUCAAUGCCGACCUCUCGAACCUCCAGUCCCACAUCCAACCCAAUGCCGCCCUCUACAUCCUCCUCCGCCGCGCCGACUCGCUCGCUUCACCCGACAAGUCCCUCGUGGCCGUAACCUACGUCCCCAAUGCUGCGCCUGUACGUCAAAAAAUGCUCUUCGCGUCCACACGCCUCACACUCGUGCGUGAGCUGGGCGGAGAACACUUCGCAGAGAGCGUCUUCACAACCGAAGCUUCAGAGCUCACGUCGGAAGGCUGGGAGAAGCACAUUGCGCAUACGGAAUCGGAAAACCCGCUGACGGCGGAAGAACAAUCGUUGCAAGAUAUCAAGGCUGCUGAGGCGCUGGAGAGUAGAGGGACGCGCGGUCAGGGCCUAGCCCAAGGAGGCAGGAUUGCCAUUCGUGCCAGCGAUGAGAUUGGCGGUGCGCUGAAGAAGUUGGGUCAAGGUGGGACCGAUAAUCUUGUGCAGCUGCGCAUGAACGGCUCGAAUGAGACCCUCGAGCUAGUUUCUUCGUCGUCCGCAACGCCUUCUACCAUCGCCCAGGCUAUUGAUGCAAAGGAGCCACGGUAUUCGUUCUACCGCCACGAUGACUCUGCGGCGAGUAUCGUCUUCAUAUCGACGUGUCCUAGUGGAGCGAAGAUCAGGGAGAGGAUGUUGUACGCGGCAAGUAGGGGUAACGUGGUCAGUCUGGCGCAGAACGAAGGUGGGUUGAAGGUGGAGAAGAAGAUCGAGGCGACAGAUCCUGAAGAGAUCACUGAGCAGGUUAUCAUGGAUGAGUUUAAGGUGGAAAAGAAGGAGGAAAGUAAAGGCUUCGCGAAGCCCAAGAGGCCUGGAAGGCGGUAA